AUGUCUUCAUCCAAUAUCUAUCUCAUCUGGGGAGCCAAAGGCUGGAUCGGCGGCCUCCUCACCGACCUCCUCAAGAAACAAGGCAAAAAAGUCCACGCGACCACAACUCCCAUGCACGAACAAGCACAAGUCCGCCAAACCCUCGACGAAAUCCACCCAACGCACGUCAUCAACUGCGCGGGCAAAACCGGCCGCCCAACAGUCGAUUGGUGCGAAAGCCACAAAAUCGAAACAAUGGAAAGCAACGGUCUAGGCACCCACAUCCUAACCUCGGAAUGCCACAAACGCGCCAUCCACCUCACAGUUCUCGCGACGGGAUGUAUUUACACCUCGCAAUACAACGAAGCCCGGGACCAACUCACGGGUAAACCCUUUCUCGAAACCGACAGUCCGAAUUUCACAGGUUCCUUCUACAGCGAGACAAAAGCAGCCAUUGAAACUUUUCUGAAAAAUUACCCCAACACCCUAAUUCUGCGUCUGAGAAUGCCUGUUUCCGCAGACCUGCAUCCUCGAAGUUUCGUGACGAAAAUUCUGGCUUAUAACAAAGUGGUCAAUAUUCCCAAUUCUAAUUCUCUCCUUCCCAAUCUCCUCCCCGUAACAAUCGCCAUGGCAGAGCACAAGGAAACUGGAGUGUAUAAUUUCACGAACCCGGGGGCUAUUAGUCAUAAUGAGGUGCUGGGAUUGUAUAGGGAUAUUGUGGAUCCUAGUUAUACGUGGGAGAAUUUCACGUUGGAGGAGCAGAGGGAGGUUAUUGUGGCUGAGAGGAGUAAUUGUUGGUUGGAUAGCGAUAAGUUGGUGGAGAAGGUUGCUGAGUAUCGGAGAGAGGGACUGGAUUUGGAGGUUCCUGAGGUGCGGGAGGCUUAUCGGAGGUGUUUUGAGGGGAUGAGGGAGAGUGGUGUUUUGCAGCAGCGGGCUGGAGCUUGA